ACAGAGAUCUAGCGACUCAUAGGCCUUCCAGCCCAUCUACGGAGGUUUAGUAGAGGCUGGGAUCCUGCCUAUUACGGAGGUGUAAGCGGUAAGUUUGGUCACCGGCCAGGGUCUGGAUCUUGAAGACCGGUAUGUGGCGAUGCUCUGUCAAGCACCAUCAAUUCCGGACCUUUGGGAUCUGAUUGGUACGCCGCCAUUAAUAUCGCCAAGCUAGAUUCUAACUGGUAGCCUCCCACCACUGGUUCCCGAUGUCUCCCUUGAGCACACACUCCCUCAAAAUGAGCCCGAUCUCCGAUUUCGGCUCCCCCGAAGCCACAAUUCUUUCUCGCGUUCAUUCCCUCGAGAACCUGAUGGAUGAACUGGCCACUCUUAUGCCAAGGAUCGAGGUGCCUGUAUUCAAGAAUUUUAGAGAUGUCAGGGCAUGGGGCAACGAUGCCCAGAUCCAACUCAGGAAUCAGUCUAUACGGGACACCCGCCAGAGAAUCCUGGGACUCCAGCGAAAACUCAGCCGAUUAGAACAAUGGACUUCGAGUUAUUUACUGGACGUCGCAUCCUUGAACACUCCAAUCAGCAUCUUGCCCCCCGACAUUCUCUCGCACAUCUUCCUCAUCGGGUUGCCUCGAUACCGGUACUGGGACCGGAAAUACUUACUCGCUAUUUCUCAGGUCAGCAAGUCAUGGCGGGAUCUCUCCAUCAAUACGCCGUUAUUAUGGACACGUAUCGAUGCCAGUUGGAAGUAUGACCUGGCAAGUGUUUGGCUGGCGCGCGCCAAUCACCGCAAUAUCGAGCUUUAUAUCGACAUGAAUCCAUAUGGUCGAUACGAUAUACCAAACAUCCUGAACUUUCUUGAGCGCCUAUUCCACAGCGACGUUUCUCACAUAACUUGGAAGGGCUUACACAUAUUGAUGGACCACUUCACCGACUGGGAAUGUAUCACUCUAGAGAUUCUGGAUCGAAUGGGUGAUGCUUUUGGCUCUUCAACGUCAUUGGAGACACUCACCCUGAUUGGGCAUCCACGGGGUAACUAUUACGACGUCUUCAACUGGCUGCCGAAUCUCCGGCGUGUUACUCUCGGGUGGGGCGCCCAGAUCUUCAUCGGAGGGAUUCCAGGACCCACUAUCACUUCCCUUGUUUCCCUCAGACUGCAUCGGCUAUAUAUUCAAACGGGACACUGGAUACCAAUGCUCAAAAACGUGUCUCAAUCGCUGCAGACUCUUGAAAUCCAUGAGUGUGAAGGUAUCCUUGACCAUUGCGCCCCAGUGUCUUUGCCCGCCUUGAGGAAUGUAGCCCUCGGCGCAGCACAUUCUAGCCCCGCAAUUCCGUCAUUUUCAAUAUCCGAUAUGAUGAGCAUCUUCGAUGCUCCUGGUAUCGUGAACCUCACGAUACUGUUAAACCAUCCCAAUUUCCAGAUGGAGGAUGAGUUCAAGAUCGCUUCCCUGAUCGGUUCCUCCAGAAACCUCAGCCGCUUGCACAUCGGGGGCACCAACGUCGAACUCUUCAAGCUCGUGAACCUGAUGCGUCUGCCUCAAUUCAUGCCACGCUCACUCCGCGUACUUAUCGCUAAAUUGGAACCGGACCCCAUGCAAGAAACGGUCCAUUGUUUCCUUCAGCGACGUAGGGAAAUUCAAGGUCAUGUCGCAGAUAUAGAAGAAUUGCGAUUAUAUAUAUGUCGGCUAGAUAGUAAGGAAGAGCAGGUGGCGAGAUUUCACCUGAUUCGUGAACGGUUCCGGUCCCAGGCUCCGAGUGUAACCAUCACUCAAGUUGAUCACUGGGAUUCUGUCAUUCAGACGGAGGUAGAUUAUGAUGACAUUUUUAAUUGAGGUUGGUCAUGGUUUAUCUAUUCCGGUACAUAGAUGCUUGGAUUUGUGAGAUUUGGGCCUAUUUUGAAUCCUCAAUCCCAGGUUCCAUGCACAUAAACAAGUCAUCAUGUAUGUCUGCAUCAGUGGAAUCACUCCACUAUGUACAUAGAUAUCCUUUCCCAUUUUCAUGCAUGUAGCCUUGUGCUGCCGACUUAGUGCAUUUCUAUUUGUUUGUUUGUUCUGAGGACUUGUAAAUAUGUAUACGUACAACUCAGCCUCUUCCCCAUAAAGAGAGGCUGGUUACCUAUCCUUGAUCAUCACACCGCAGUGUUCCAGCCC